UAUGAUGUCACAGUACAAUGCCUGCUCUCGAUGAUGUCACAGUAGAAUAUCUGCUCCCGAUGAUGCCACAGUAGAAUGCAUUUGAUGUUAUUCAAAUAAAUAGUGUUCCUCCUGCAUCACUACCUGCAAAACUAGGACCACUGACAUUACCGAGUGUUGCUGCUGCUGUGAGGAUUGACAGACAACCAAACCAACAACAUCUUAGAAAGCAUUUCUACAAAGAUUUGCUAACAUUCACCAUGCAGCGAUCAGGACUCCUCAUGACUGCUUUCGUGGAUUUCCCUCGGAUGAAAAUUGCCAAGUUUAACGUUUACCCGCUCAUCGCCCCAUUGACUGAAUUAUACUGGGAUGAGGUGGUAUCCCGCAAGCAUACUAAGCACAGUCUGAAUGCGCUGGUCGACCUGUGUCAGUUCAUCGUGGAGUUGACUUGCAAGCACGUCUUGGACUCUAUUCACCCAAUUGUUUUGGAGUGGCACAUGAAAGCAGGAAGGAUAUUUUCUCAUGUGAAGCCUUUGGAAUGUUUCUUUGGGGUACGUGAGAGCGAAAUCCUGUAUAAACUCAAGCAAUUCAUUAAUCAGGAUUUUGCUCAUGCUCUAGGGUGCAGGUAUGAAAUAGACUGUAAGAGUUUUGACCGUUUCCUCUGUAUUGCUGCAAGGGAGGUUACAAAUCGCAUUAACUGUACAAUAGAUGCGAUAGUAGGGACCAGAGCUUUGGAGAACUUCCCCAUGUGUUUGAAGUGUAACUCUAUCUCCUCUGUAACUCUUAUAAGCAUGAUCGAUUUAUUAACUGAGACACUUCAGUGCUGUAUCGAGGAAUAUCAGUGCAAUCAGUGCAGGAGCCAAAAGCAGGUCCACAUUCAUUCAUCUCCAGAGCUGAAACAAGACAAGAAGAAGCCAAAGCAUAUAGUGAUACUGCAUAAUCUUUGUGACGUAACUUAUUCCACUCUUGACGAAAAUGUCUUCGAUAUACUGACCGAGAUUUCUCUGAGAUUUCGUGUUGAUGAAAACCAUCGGUUCGGCCUCUUUAUAGAUCCGCACAACGAAUGGUGGGAUUUGCCGAGUUUUGAUUCCAGUAACUCUGACUGGAGAGAGGACGAAACAGAAUCUGUGACGUCCGACCAAUCUGGUUCCGAUAGUGGCACAGAUGCAGGUGCUAGUUCUAAAUUUUCUGAUGAAGAUGCCGGUGAUGAAUCAGGGAUGAAAAACAGCUCAACAUUACCAGAACAGGACAUGGGAAAGCACAGGCUGGUCGUCAUGCUGCUCACAGGAUUAUUACUCAAAACGACCAAAAAGGCCAAGAAGUCUCUUCUCAUGGCCCACUUUGGAAGAAUCAUCAAAAACCUGAGCGACAAGGCGAUGGAGGAGAUCAGAUUCUCCGACGUUGUGAUGGGAUCUAACCCUGAUGCCAUCAAGGAGGCAAUCAAAGUUCUGUAUAGAGACCUCCGAAAGAAGUUUGACUCUCCAGAGAAGCUCCUUCGAGCCAUGGAGUCAGAGGAUCCAACCACCAGUGACGUAGUCGUCGGUGCCCUGAAGACUUGCAUGUACACUCAUGUUCCAGAGCGAAAGAGGAACCCAGUUGUGAGGUUCUUCAAAUCUUUGGGUAAAGCAAUUGCGAGGCCUUUCAGAGAAUGCUUCGGACAUUAAUCCAACUCCCAACAGAUGCCUGGCAAACAGAACACUUCUUGUGGACGCUCACCAAAUAAAAGGCUCAUUCAGGGGAUUAUUCAUUAACUUAAACAUACUUAUGAAAGGUAUGUUAAAU